GGCCACGUCCCCGGGCCACGUCGCGCUUAACUCGCCAUUUUCAGGCAGCUCAAAGAAAACGCUGAUAAAGGUAGCCGGUCCGGACAGCUAGCUCGGCAAAGUUUUGCAUCGUGAGAAACGAACGCGAGAGACGUUCAAAGCCUUAAGUCAGUUUUCGUCUGUGGUGACUGAGGGUACCGGCCUCUGCGUCCAAUAGUAGAAUGAAUAUUUUCAGACUCACCGGAGAUCUCUCUCAUUUAGCAGCCAUCAUCAUUCUGCUGCUCAAAAUAUGGAAAACCAGGUCUUGUGCCGGGAUCUCUGGGAAAAGCCAGAUUCUGUUUGCCUUGGUCUUCACUACUCGCUAUCUGGAUCUCCUCACCUCUUUCAUCUCCCUUUAUAACACCACCAUGAAGGUCAUCUACAUUGGAUGCUCGUAUGCCACUGUUUAUCUGAUCUAUGCCAAGUUCAAAGCCACCUACGAUGGUAACCAUGACACCUUCAGGGUGGAGUUCCUCGUGGUCCCUGUGGGUGGGUUGGCCUUCCUGGUCAACCAUGACUUCUCUCCCUUGGAAAUCUUGUGGACUUUCUCCAUCUAUCUGGAGUCUGUCUCCAUCCUGCCCCAGCUAUUUAUGAUCAGCAAGACCGGAGAGGCAGAGACCAUCACCACCCAUUACCUGUUCUUUCUGGGGCUGUACCGUGCCCUCUACCUCAUCAACUGGAUCUGGCGCUUCUACUUUGAGGGCUUCUUUGACAUGAUUGCCAUUGUGGCUGGUGUGGUUCAGACAAUCCUAUACUGCGACUUCUUUUACCUGUAUGUAACGAAAGUCCUGAAAGGAAAGAAGCUGAGCCUGCCAGCCUAAGUGCCAAAGACCGGCGGAUCUUCGCAGAUUCACGGGGGGCACCAGCCAUCGUUGCCACCAAGCAAGUGUAAGAUGCCUGAGACAGGGUGCGAGAGGAAACCACUACUGCUUUUUGUAUAUCCUGAUAAAUGUCAGCAACUCCAGAACAAAACCGAGGCCAUCCCCUGGUCUCCACAGCCUUCGGUUUCCUGUUUUAUGCAUCUUGCCUUACCUUUUUUUAUUACUCUGUAUAAAGGAAAAAAAUGAUACAUUUUCUACAAAUUUGGUGUACUCUGUAUGCUCCGACAUGUAUUUCAGCGUAUGGAGUUGAAAACAGUAUAAAUCGCCUAGUGGAAAAAUUGGCAAUGUCAAGGGGACUUUCGAUAAGUAAAUACUGACUAAAUGUUUGAGAGUGUUUGCAAUCUGAAAGAUAUGCUUUGUUUCCUGAUCUUUAGAGGAAUCUUUAAAGGACAUCACAGUACCCCUGACCUUUUGAAUAUAAAAAUCUGAAGUAGGCAUUGGCUGGUAUUUCUUUUUUUAAUUUUAUUUUUAGAUUAAUUUUGCCUCUACAUGUUUCCCAGUUUACAUUCCUUGUUUAAUGAGCAAGGCCAGUUACAGAAGCGGUCUCACCCAGCCCCAUGUACUGCUUUGUUUGGUUGGUAAAAUCAAAGAUUUGGUUAUAUGUAGAUCGUCAACAUUUGAUUAGAAACAGUUGGAUAUACAACUGUUAUAAAAUAAGGAGAUUUUGCACCUUUGUAGUGUAGAGGUUUAAUGUGCCCCCCCACUUCCCCAAAAGAGAUGGCUUACAGAAAUACAGUAUUGCCUUAUCGUCAUUGAGUUCUGUGCUGUACAUAGCUUUCUUCACUUAACUUAGGCAAACCCUUUACACCGUUACCCAAAAUGUACCUAUCCCCAUUUGAUUUCUCUUUUGAUUUUGUCCCCAUUAUGUUAUUGACUGUUCAUUAUCUGUAUUAUUAUCCUGUAUUACAAUAUUUCAUCGUCUGGACUCCAUUUGAAAUAGUGUACAUGAUGGAUGCAGGACACGCCCAGCCGCUGCUCGAUUGGCAAGAGAAGACGGUGCGACAAACGAGCAUCGCCCAAGGCUCCCGCCGCAGGGGUCAGUUCCUCAAGUGUUUUAUGUAGAAAUACAGAUGCAGUAAACUUAUCACUGAGGUAAAAAAUAAAACAAUGCCCAUAGAAUUGUCUACAUGAUGUGCAUAUUGUUGAGCUCACAGCAGAUUUUUUUUAAUCUUGAGAGAUAUGUAUGAUGUUCUGGGCAUUGUUGUGUAGAAUUAAGGUUCAGCAUAGUUUGUUUUCUUUAAAUUCUACAGCCUCUGCUCCCUUUGUCUUCUCAUUCAAAUCAUUCCUAUGUAUUUUUUUUUUAUUGAGCUUUUGCAUGAUGUGACCCUGUGAUACCACCUCCAAUAAAGAUUUUA